CGUCAGGCAGAACAAUCUGAAUCUGAACAAACCGGCUUUGCACUCUGUCUGAGCAGCUGCUUUGUUUGACAGAGCGUUGAUAUCAGCUGUCGACUUUCUACACCCCUACACCCUCAUGAGAUGAACAGAAAGUAAAAUGGAUCUGAAGGUAUCAGACUUCAAACUGCUGCUGUAGAUUUGGACUGAGCACACAGUCUCCUCAUAUCCUGCCCAGAGCUACAUGUGAAUGAGCCAAACUGCACCAUAGAUGAGCAUCAAAAAGAGAGUGGACUUGAAAAUAGUUAUCCUUGGUUCCCUUGGGGUUGGUAAAACCUCUCUUCUGAACCGGUAUGUCAACAACAGAUUCAUUCAGGAGUACCGUACCACCCUGGGAGCAAGCAUCCUUCCAAAAGAGAUCAAAGUGGACAACACAUUAGUGAAGCUACAGAUCUGGGACACUGGAGGUCAGGAACGUUUUAAAUCACUGGUACCCUCCUUCUCUAAAGGAUCAGAUGGCUGUGUCCUUGUAUUUGAUGUGACUGAUCGAGACUCACUAUAUGCUCUGGAAGACUGGAGGGAAGAGAUUUUGCUGCAAAUUCCUUUGGAAUAUAAAGACUACCCUUUCAUUAUUCUGGGCAAUAAAGUUGAUGUAAUGGAGAGGCAGGUUACAAGUGAUGAGGCAGAAACUUGGUGUGCAUCUCGCAACAUUCCUUACUUUGAAGUGAGUGCAAAAGAGGAUAUUAAUGUGGACCAUGCCUUUGAGAACAUUGCCAGAAAAGCUCUGUUGCAGGAUUCUGAAUGGAAAGAUUGUUAUUUGACGAACUCCAUCUCCUUAGGAGACGACAGAACAUCGACGAACAAAAAAUGCUGCUGAGCACUGGGACUGGAUCAAAGUGGAAAUUCCUUGUGUGGGGACUAUAUUUUUUGUAAUGUCCUGUUGUGUUGGCUAUGCCUUCAACUGUGGCUUCAUACAAAGAUUUAUUUUUCUAAGAGUCUGGGAAGUCUGCAACUCAAUUUCGUAACUAGUAUAAUACCUCAAUAGCUUUUCCGUAAUUCAGAAGUUGCGGUGGAUUUGCAUUCGUUUCCUUAAACCACAUGAAAUAACUUGGCAGAUAAGCCACUCAGUACCUUGAGGUUCAAGCUCUUAAAACUGGACCCAUUCCGGGGUAUAUUUAAGCUGGACUACACUUAAUUCUCAACUGACUCAGGCCAUUGACAGGAACUUGUAAUUGAAAUGGUGCCAACGUGAGAUCUUCCUGUCUGGACAACAGGAGUGUAAAAUCCCUUUCAGGUUCUUGGUAAUACAGUUUUCUGAACUUUACACUACUUUGCACUGUGCUAUCAUAGGUGAAUAGGUUAUUAUCGAGGGAACGCAGAUUGCAGAGAAAAGGAGUUGCCAUAAGUGAAAGUUAAAUAUGCAUAUAUAACAUUUUAAUAAAGAUAUGGGUUGUUAGUAUUUGGAAUCUUCACAACAGAACCUGCAUUAAGGAACCAGAUUUUAUAUCUCAAAAGUAAUCUCGCAGCUAUACCACAGAAUUUCUGCCCUGUUUGUACAACAGCUGCUUUGAAUUCCAGAAGAACAACUUUAGUUACGCUUUUAUCCAUAAAUCACAAUUGCCAACUAUGAAAAAUGACAAUAAAUAACGGCACUCAAACAUGCACUAAUUUUAGGAUUUAUGGAUGCCAUUCAGAAGUCAAAACACAAUUAAAACAUUGGUUCAGAAGAACACAGCGGCACAGUAAUUAGCACUGCUGCCUCACAGCGCCAGGGGCCUGAGUUCAAUUCACACCUCGGAUGACUGUCUAUAUGGAGUUUGCACAUUCUUCUCAUGUCUGCGUGGGUUUCCUCCAGGUGCUCCGGUUUCCUCCCACAAUCCAAAAAUGUGCAGGUUGGGUGAAUUGGCCAUGCUAAAUUGCCUGUAGUGUUAGGUACAUUGGUCAGGGGUAAAUGUGGGGGAAUAGGUCUGGGUGGGUUGCUCUUUAAAGGGUUGGUGUGGACUUGUUGGGCUGAAGGGCCUGUUUCCAUGCUAUUGGAAAUCUAAUCUAAUAAUCAUGGCUGGAGUUUGGCUUGUAGAAUUUUUCUUCAUUUUAAAAAAUUGUUGGUGAAUGGAACUACAGCCUCGGUUUGUCUUCAAUUUAAAAGCCUUACAAGAAAUGCACAAAGGCUGAUACAACACUGUCUAUUGCAGUUGCCUGCGCUACGUUAAUGGAUGCUGCUAGUACUGGGACAAAUAAAGGAGUUAAAGGCAUGUGUUUGGCUGCAUACAUUUACAAAUACGCAUCAAUUCAUUUUGAAUUCAUUUUCAAUAUAACUCAAUGAGAUGAAAAAUGUUUAAGUGCAAUGUGUUCAUUCAUGUAUUUAGCUGUAAUAAAUAACUAUUCCAUGACUCAAGAAAAUAUUUGCACUACCAGCAUCUGAUGCAAAUGUGGUAUUACUGAACUGCAUAAACUCAAUUUUAAGCGAACAAAUUAAUUUUAUUUAAAUUUUACCAGAAAUAUAAUCACAUUUCAAAAGGAUUGAAGUCAUUGGAAAGUAAAUUCAAGUAGUGUGUCAAGCAACCAUCAAAACCAAUCUUCUCAAUUGGAUGAUGUGUCUCCCUCCUUCAAUCCACAUAGCUCUAAACAGCUAUCAGGAUAACAUGGAAUUAUUAUUUAAUACAGCACUAUAAAUGUAGCAUAGUCACUGAUCGAAGAUAAAAGGUACCAGCAGAUCCAGGAGAAAAUGUAAAUGAAAUUUAUAAAUAAAAAUUUGAAUAAUU